GCGCCUCUAGUGGCCCAUGUCGGUAUGGAGGUUCAUCCAGGGCAGAGAAACACUCCUUCACCAUCACGCUCCUCCUCUCCUUCCCUCUGCUCUCCUCAGAAAUCUCCUUCCACCACUUUUCUCGAACAAGACUGCUUUUGUGUGAAGGAAAACAACAUGGCAGACAUUUCUGGUCAGUCCGACAGAGGAAGCGGCGGGAUCGUGAUUAGCGACGACUGGCCAGGCUACAGUUUAGAUCUCUUCUCUUAUCCAGCGCACUACUCCGGAGACUUAAACAGUGUCAUCAUUCCACAUGGCGUGAUAAUGGACAGGACAGAACGUCUCGCUCGCAACAUCAUGGACGACCUGUGGGACCACGACAUCGUGGUGCUGUGUGUACUUAAAGGAGGAUACCAGUUUUGCGCCGACCUGGUGGACAGAAUCAAGGACCUCAGCCACAACUCCACUCAGACCAUCGCCAUGAGGGUCCAUUUCAUCCGACUUAAGAGCUACCUGAACGACAAGUCCACGGAAGACCUGCACAUCGUCGGAGCCGAGGACUUGUCCUUUUUAGCUGGAAAGAAUGUUUUGAUAGUGGAGGCCAUUGUAGGAACUGGAAAGACAAUGAAAACCCUCCUGAAGCACGUUGAAUCCUUCAAGCCCAAACUGAUCAAAGUAGCAGGUUUGCUUGUCAAGAGAGUGCCCUGCAACUCAGCCUGCCUCCCAGACUACGUUGGCUUUGAGAUUCCCAAUCGUUUUGUGGUUGGCUAUGCCUUGGACUACAAUGAAUACUUUAGGGACCUGAACCAUAUCUGUGUGAUCAGUGAAACCGGCAAGAAGAAAUAUAUGAUAUAAAGGAAGGAAAGCAAAAUAAAAUGGGGACUGUUGCAUACUGUAGAUGUCUUCUCACAUCCAGCCUGGUCAUGUAGCUCGAGAUUCCAUGCACUUACAGAACAUCUACUAUUGUUACAUCUGACCUUAAACACAUUUAGGAUUUUUUUUCUACCCUGAAAUGAGCAAAGAAAUGAUUCCAGUUAAUGUUUACUGCCUUUGACAAUAGGAUUCUUCCUGUAAUACUGUUAUUUGUCAUUUCCAAUAAUAAAUGUUGUGUUUCUUUGGUAACAAUUAAAAACAAGGAUUGUGUACUGGAUUUUUAGGGUCAAUGUGUGUCAUGCUGAUGGAAGGACCUUCAGCUUAGCGUCUUUUUUAUAUUAAAGGGAAUUUUUUUUAGCUGCAAAGAUUUUCUGAUUGUUUCUUGUCAGAUGUGACGUGGGCUACUUUUUCCACUUGCUGUCUGUUUGAACCCUCAGGAAAACAAGUUAGAUCACAUGACACUAACUACCUCUUCAUGUUGUUGGUACCGGAGGCUUAACAUUGAAUAAAGUAUUUUUAAACAUUG